AUGAUUCCGAAAAGAGCACCUGCAUGAAGUUUAAAAGGGAGAGCCAAACCUGAUAAGCCACAAAAUACACCUGGGCCAGGCGCAUAUACAUCUACUAGUGUAGUACUUGAAAAAGAUCCAAGCUAUAGCAUUAGUAAAUCUGAAAGGCCAACGUUGGUUAAAACUGACAUAAAGAUUGGGCCUGGAGCUUAUAAUCAUUCAUCUUCUUUGUCACCUAGAAGAGUUGUAUUUGGAUCAGCACCAAGAGUUACCGUUCCUAUUAAUAAUAAAAACCCUGGGCCUGGGAAUUAUGAAAUAUCAUCAAGAAUUGUGGAAGGGCCUAAAUAUACAAUGUCGCCUAGAACUAGUUUAGAUGGGCCUUUAAAUCCAGUCGGCCCAGGACAGUAUGAGUUGAAAAGCCUUGAAAAGGCACCGUCUUUUAAAUUUGGUACAAAGGAGAGGGCAAGUAGUUUAGAAAAUAAGAAUUUAGUACCUGGACCUGGAGCUUACAAUUCUCAAGCUGAAGAACCACAAAAAGCUUCUAAAUUUGGAACUGAGCCACGUGGAAGUUUGGUAAGAAAAAACACUCCUGGUCCUGGAGCUUAUGAAGUCAAUUCCACAAAUGACAAAAAAGGGAUAACGAUUUCAGGGAAACUUUCAUUAGAAACCAAAAAUCAAACCCCAGGGCCUGGGAGCUAUGCAAUAAAUAGAGCUUUAGAAAAUCGAUCAUUUAGUGUUGGAAAAUCUCAACGGUUUAUCAGGCAAAUUUCAACACCACCUGGCCCUGGCACUUAUAAUGGAGAUAUUAAAGAUAAAGGAAGCUCCUUUGCAUUUGGUAAAGAUGCUAGAAAAAUUUUUAAUGACUCAAAAAGGGUUCCUGGUCCUGGGCAAUAUGAUCUCAGCGAUGGCUUAUAUAAGACUCAAGGAGUUUCCUUUAAAGGAAAAAGAUCUUUGAACCUAAGCAGUGAAAUUCCAGGCCCUGGAAGCUACGAGCCUAAAUAUAUAAACGAAAAGAAAGUUGCUGUUGGGUUUGGGACAUCUAAAAGAGCUUAUGAAAUUAUGCUUACUCCCCCCCAAUCCUUGAUCGAACGACUCGCCAUCGUUCGAUCAAGGAUGGGGUUAAAAAAAAUUUUUUUGGGAAAAAAAAUUUUAUAUAUAAAAUAAAAAAAUAUAUAUAUAUUUUUUUUAUUUACUUUUAAAUAAGAGGGGUUAAGGGUAUUUAAUAAUUAUUUUUACAGCAAAAAAUUUAAUUAAUUUCAUAAAAAUACCAAUUUUUAAUAUUUUGAUUUAUUAGUUACCCCUUUAAACUGUAUAAAUUUUAAUUUGUUUCCUUAUUAAAUUAAAUUUUUUUUUUAAAAUUUUAAAGAUCUCUAUUUUAUUAGAUUAUUAAUUUUUUAAGCCUAGAUUGAUGACUAAAUCACUUCGGAUAGUUGAUUUCGAAGCUUUCUGUCGUCUCAAAGUCCCUGAAAACAACUUCAUUAGGUGCAUCUUCCCAAGCUUUUGAUAACUAAUAUAUUUUUUAUAUAUAUUAAGAUUAAGAUUAAGAUUACGCUGGGUAUUUAAGGUCCCUACUACGUCCGAGGUCGCAUGCCACGGUUUCCCGUGUGGUGGCAGAGCGUUCACCAAGCCCGGGCCGAAACCCCCGGUUUCUCGGUAGAGGUAUUGUCAAGGGCCGUCUUAUACCGGCUUUGCUGACCACCUCCAUUUCCAACUUGGAUCGUCGCCUAAGUUUACGCCAACUCCGCUUCGUCGUCCGCCAGAUCUGCCCAUUGAAGGGCACCUUUUCAACUGGAGAGACCCCCGUCUCGAUGUCUAACUCGCCUCCCCUCUUUUCCGGUCAUCCCGAGAAAGAACUCAACAGCUUUCGCCAUUCGGGGCGAGCCACUAAAGCAGCUUAGGCAGGUAAUUCACCCUGCCUCAUUUCGGGCACUCACUGGGCUGAGCGCUGCUGGCAAAAAGAAGUCACGAAUAACUGCCCAUGGGUCUGGUCGCAAAAACAGCGGUUCUCGCGCUUAGGCCUCUCGCUCGAGGUCCCGGACGUUGUUGGGCUAAUUCCUGGCUCCAAAAACCAUGCCCGGAUAUACAUGGGUAACCACCACUGGGAGGGUGGGUCGGUCGCCAUACGCCAUUUUAUGUAUAUUUUUUUUAUAUAUAUAAAAGUUGCAUGAUAUGAAAAUCGUUCGAUCAAGGAUGGGGGUUAAUUUCCCCAAUUUUUAGGAAUUUUUACAGUCAAUCGUUCGAUCAAGGAUUGGGGGGGAGUUAGAGAAAGUUUUCCAGGGCCAGCUACUUAUAUGAACCAAACAACUCGAGAUACUCCAAGCUGACGAUUUGGUUCUCAGCCAAGAAUAAAAUAUCGCACCAAUAAAGACCCUGGCCCAGGCUCUUAUGACAUUCCAGAGCUAUGAAACCCUUCUAAAAUUCCUGGGAGUGUGCGAGUAACUUAA